AUGAAAGAGAAUCUCUUCAAACAUUUGAAAGAAGUUGAUUUCGCAGGUGCCCACCAGUAUUUGGCGAAUUUGAAUGCCCACUCAACUUCACCUGCAAGGAUAGUCAAUGUUUCAACAGAGCAGGCGGCUUAUCGAUGGCCUGCGGUUUCGAGGCAUGUCCUAACUGCGGACGGCCAAGCUCGAAGUAUAGUAUCGGAUUGUGGCAAGAAAGGAAAAUGCUUGAAUGGACAGUGUGUUCUUGAUAGAUGCAUCGGUGUGACAUGUGCAGAAGGUGAGAUGUGUCGGGAUGGAGAAUGCAAGAAAGUAGCCGAUACAUUUUGCCUGGGUCAUGCAGACUGCGGUCCUGAUAUGGAGUGCCGAACAAAUCGUUGUAGAAUUAAAACUCCUGAGCCAAUCUGUAAUUGUCAACCGCACGAAAUCUGUCACCAUGGCCAGUGCUAUCCAAACUCGCAGUGUACAUCAAUUUAUUGUGGCAAGGGAUCGUACUGUGUUGACGGCAAAUGCGUGAACGGAGUAGGCGUUGAUUGUCGUGAAGAAAACUGCCGUGGCGGAACUGUCUGCGUGAACGGAGUUUGUGUAUUGGAUCCAUGUCCGGCAAGUUGUCCGCUCGAUCAGUCGUGUAGACUAGGAGAAUGCCGCAUUGUGGAGGGACUACCAUGUGUGGCCGAGUGCGUUGGACCGUACAGCUGUAUAGAUGGACGCUGCAGAAGAAACGACUGCGAACGGAAGGUGUGUCAGCUGGGCGAAGCUUGCGAAGGCGGUCAGUGCCAGCGAGUGACCGGUCGCUUCUGCACCUGGGCUCCACGCGACUGUGGCCAUGCCUUUAUCUGCAAGGACAACCAGUGCAUUGACCUCCUCACUCCAGCGACGACGUUACCACUGCAACAGGACAAUCGCUUGCCAAACAAGUAG